UUUCUUUAAACUUUUCAACUGGGUAGUUAGUUUCAAGACCCUUACAGCUGGUAUAAAAAAUGCGACCUUACUUAGACUAACGUAACGUUACUAAAAUAACUAUCUUAGGUUUAACUUAUAUGUUAAUUGUAACUUCUAGCUAGCUAAGUUAACCAACCAACUGACUUAACUUAUAACUUACUAAGUUACAAAGAAGGUGUUUAAGUUACCGUCUGGUCAUUUCUCUCUUCAAAAGUGUCCAUUCUGUCGUUCAAAUAGCUGAAAUGGGCUGUUUUAUAUGAGUUUAGUUACUUUUGCUCACUUUGGUGACCUUUUGGAUGUCACCAUGGAAACGCCCGAGGAACCAGAGGCUUUUAUUUUCUAAACACGGAGUUUCGUCUUUCUUCCGGCGCAUCUUAUUUUAUACAGUCCAGAGCCCCAUAGAGAGAAUCUCUUAUCUCUUAUCUCUUUAAAAGGCUCUGACAGUCUAUGGUCAAACCGAGUAGUAUUAAUGUAAAAUGUAUUAACAGCUUCUAAUAGUGUUGUAGCUAGGAAGCAAACUUUAAACAGGUGAAUAAAACAUGCGACUCUGCCCAUACAGCUAACUUUAGCUAACGUUACUUAACUGCUUUGCUAUUUGAAAUCUCCUUGAAAUGGUUUUAGUUUAGCGCGUUCGGGAGGGGAAGCAUUACAUAGUUCUCCAUGACACCGAAUGCAAAAUUGCCUCUGACAGCCCGGUGUUUCAGUUUGACAAUGAGGACCAUUGAGGUACCAUUUAGCUCUGUCCCAACCAUAGACUGUGAUCCCAUCCAGAUACAUGAAUACUUUUAUUUUGAAAAAGUCAAAACAGGAAAUAACAGACACACAUGAUCACCUGACUGAAAUGUUGACAAAGCAAGUUGGCCACCGGUAAGGAAGCAAACCCACUCGCUGACAGUUUCGGUGGCGACUGGCUGGUUGGAAUCGAACAAUUGAAAUAUCCGACGUUUUCACGGUUACCUGUGAUACAGUGUGAUUUCGGUUCCGUCCUCGUGGCUGCACAGUUGCCAGUUAGUUAGCUGGGAGGAUAACCCUAGAGUAGCUACUAUUGAUUUUCGUUCAGAGAGACCUGUGAUCCAUGCAAAAGGUGAACAAGAAGAGAGGGUAAACAUCAGGAAACGUCCCUACUGUCAGUAUGGACAUCCAGAGUGAGAGGAGAAGGCUGCUGGAUGCGGAUGGUGGAGAUGAGGAUCCUACAGGACUCAUGUCUGAGCAGGAUGCUUAUUUGAGUAAAGUGAAGAACAAGAAGUUGUACCUGGCAACGUUUGCCUCUGUUCUGGGUCCCAUGAGCUUCGGGUUCGUGUUGGGAUACAGCUCUCCUGCCAUCCCCCAACUUACCAGGAUCGCUGACCCUCGGCUGCGGCUGAACGACGUCCAGGCCUCCUGGUUUGGGUCCAUAGUGACGGUGGGAGCUGCAGUGGGCGGCCUUCUGGGCGGUUGGAUGGUGGGGAAGGUCGGCAGGAAACUCACUCUGAUGUUCUGCUCGCUACCGUUCGUCUUUGGGUUCACCAUCAUCAUCGCGGCACAGAACGUGUGGAUGUUUUACCUCGGCAGAGUGCUCACCGGCCUCGCCAGCGGGGUCACGUCACUGGUCGUCCCACUGUAUAUCUCCGAAAUGGCACACGAGCGAGUACGCGGGAUGUUAGGCUCCUGUGUGCAACUCAGCGUGGUGCUCGGCAUCAUGGGAGUGUAUCUCGCAGGUCUCUUCAUGGACUGGCGCUGGCUGGCGAUCUGCAGCUCCAUACCGCCCACGCUGCUGAUGGUCUGUAUGUGCUUCAUGCCAGAGACGCCCCGGUACCUGCUGUCACAGGGUAAGAGGCGGGAGGCUGAGGAGGCGCUACGCUUCCUGCGAGGACCCGACGCCUCCGUCGAAUGGGAGUGCGCCCGCAUCGAGGAUGCCUGUGAUGAGCAGGGCUCUAGUUUCCACAUGUCGGACCUGAGGGACCCCGGGGUCUACAAGCCUCUGGUGAUCGGUGUCAUGCUGAUGUUGUUUCAGCAGAUGACGGGGAUCAAUGCCAUAAUGUUCUACGCUGAGAGCAUAUUUCAACAGGCACAUUUCAAGGAGAGUGACCUGGCUUCAGUGAUCGUGGGUCUGAUUCAGGUCGUCUUUACAGCAGUGGCAGCCGUCAUCAUGGACAAAGCUGGAAGGAAAGUCCUUCUCAUCAUCUCAGGUGCUGCCAUGGCAAUCAGCACCACAGCAUUCGGGGUCUACUUCUACCUGAUGUCCAAACUACCCAGCACCACCUCGGCGGGUCUCUUGGUGCUGGAAAUCCAGAGCAAGGCUGGAGAAGAACCCCACGCUGACUUGGCCUGGCUGGCCCUCGCCAGCAUGGCCGUCUUCAUCACAGGAUUUGCUCUUGGCUGGGGUCCAAUCCCAUGGCUGGUUAUGUCGGAGAUUUUCCCCGUCAAAGCAAGGGGGGUUGCCAGCGCUGUCUGCGUCCUCACCAACUGGAGCAUGGCUUUCAUCAUCACCAAAACCUUCCAAGACAUGAUGAACCUUCUAACCAGCGCAGGAACCUUCUGGCUGUUCGCCUGUAUGUGCAUCAUCAACGUCAUCUUCACCAUUUCCUUCGUCCCAGAAACAAAGGGCAAGACACUGGAGCAGAUCGAAGCCACUUUCAGAGGCACAUCAGGUCCAUGAAGUCCCUCUCCCACCGGCCAAAAGACAUCACACGUGUCAAAUCUCAGACCUCAUACUCCUGAACUGACAGGUCCUCGGGGCAUUUUUUUCAAAUCUUUCUUAAGCUUAUGAAGCUGAUUGGGUGACAUGCAGCAAAGGGCCUCGGGCUGGACUCGAUCCCGGGCCGCUGUGGUAAGCCUUGGUACGUUAGACUAAACUGGGUGUAAAUCAUCUGUUUCCGUAGGAAGUCUGAGCUAAACACUUAAUUAUAUUAAUUAUUAAAUCGGGUAAUUAAAUACAGUUUUCCGCAGGUCACAUCCUUAAACUUUUAUGUUUUAUACUGAGAAACAACAUAUGUAAUAUCAACAAAAAGACUAGACUGAAGUGCUCGCUCAGACACUGAGUUGCAGAGUGACUCCCAGUGAGAAGAUUCAGCACAAGUUUAUUAGUGUCUUGUUCAAAAACACUUGGAUUGGAUGGGUGUUAAAAUUUUUGUUAGUGAAACACUGGGCUGUUGUGGAGAUGAACCUGCACUCUCAGUGGUUUUUGCUACCUCCAGUAAGACACCACUCUACACUGCCUCCUGCAGGUCUAACUUAUGUAAUUCACCGCCAAGACAACACAUUCUGAUCAGUGAAGUUCUGACUGAAAUCUGUCCUAAACAGUUGUUCGUUUUUAUACACUGAGAACACUUUCCUUUUGAGAAAAGCUGGUACAAUGCUAAAGCAGAAUGUGGGGAAUACAGACACAAUAUCGCUGUUCAAUUACUUUGAUUCAGUGCCAAAUACAUCAGGAAUAUUUUCUGUCUUCACUAGGAAGGGAUCAUGCCUGUGGUGCUUGCUCCUUAAACUCAAAACAAAGUGUAUCUUGAAGGAAUUUUGCAGAAACUUUAUAGCACUGAUGUUUUGAGAAGUGAGUCUGUUGUUUACACUGACUGUGCUGACUGUUAAAAAACAGUGAAGUGAAACUAAAAAGAUUAUGUAAUGAAAAACUUUGAAACAUCUAUCAUCUGUAGAAUUUUAAAAAACGCCUCUAAUAACAAAAAGGGUUUGGGUUUGGGGUUUGUUUUUGUAAUAAUUUUUUCUUAAAAUAUUCUUGUAAAGGAAAUGUUUGAAACUAUUAUGUGACUUGUUUGCUAUGAGUUCGGUGAAGUUAUAAAAAUAAAUAGAUGAUAAAUGGUCAAUAGAUAAAUGAAGCUUUUUGACUCAGUUUUUCCACUAUGAAUUUCCAAGUUUGUGUUUUUCAUUAUCCCGGUGUGAAACUGAAUCAUACCAUAAACUGUCUGUGAAUAAAAUCACUGUUUUGGA